GGUAGGCAGAGCCGGACGCCGCUGCUGCCGCCGCCACCGCCGCCUCCGCUCCAGUCGCCUCUAGUUCUUCAAGCUCUCGCCACCCGGUAGGAGCUGUUCCGGCGUCGGAUCGCGCGGGGAAAAUGGUGGAACCAGGGCAAGAUUUACUGCUUGCUGCUUUGAGUGAGAGUGGAAUUAGUCCGAAUGACCUCUUUGAUAUUGAUGGGGGAGAUGCAGGGCUUGCAACUCCAACACCUACUCCUACAGUUCAGCAGUCCGUGCCACUUAGUGCAUUAGAACUAGGUUUGGAGACUGAAGCAUCAGUUCCUGUUAAACCAGAACCAGAGACGCUACCUACUCCAGCGCUAUUAAAUGUUAGGCAGCAGCCUCCAUCUACUACAACAUUUGUGCUGAAUCAAAUAAAUCAGCUUCCAACCCUGGGAUCUACAAUUGUAAUGACUAAAACACCACCUGUAACAACGAAUAGGCAGACCAUCACCUUAACAAAGUUCAUCCAGACUACUGCAAACACACGCCCUUCAGUCUCCGCACCAGCAGUACGAAAUGCCAUGACCUCUGCACCCUCAAAGGACCAGGUUCAGCUGAAGGAUCUGCUAAAAAAUAAUAGUCUGAAUGAGCUCAUGAAACUGAAGCCGCCAGCCAAUAUUGCGCAGCCAGUGGCAACAGCAGCUACUGAUGUAAGCAAUGGUGCUGUAAAGAAAGAGUCUUCUAAUAAAGAAGUAGCAAGAAUAUGGAUAAACGACAUGAAAAUGAGGAGUUUUUCUCCAACCAUGGUCCCUGUUGUGAAAGAGGAAGAUGAACCGGAGGAAGAAGAUGAAGAAGAAAUGGGUCACGCAGAAACCUAUGCAGAGUAUAUGCCGAUAAAAUUAAAAAUUGGCCUACGUCAUCCAGAUGCUGUAGUGGAAACAAGUUCUUUGUCCAGUGUUACUCCUCCUGAUGUUUGGUACAAAACAUCCAUUUCUGAAGAAACCAUUGAUAAUGGCUGGUUGUCAGCGUUACAGCUGGAGGCAAUUACUUAUGCAGCCCAGCAACAUGAAACAUUCCUACCUAAUGGAGAUCGUGCUGGCUUCUUGAUAGGUGAUGGUGCUGGUGUGGGGAAAGGAAGGACAAUAGCGGGAAUUAUCUAUGAAAAUUACUUGUUGAGUAGAAAAAGAGCAUUAUGGUUCAGUGUUUCAAAUGACUUAAAGUAUGAUGCUGAAAGAGAUUUGAGGGAUAUUGGAGCAAAAAACAUUUUGGUUCAUUCAUUAAACAAGUUUAAAUAUGGAAAGAUUUCUUCCAAACAUAAUGGGAGCGUGAAAAAGGGUGUCAUUUUUGCUACCUAUUCUUCCCUUAUUGGUGAAAGUCAGUCUGGCGGUAAAUAUAAAACUAGAUUAAAACAACUUCUGCAUUGGUGCGGUGAUGACUUCGAUGGAGUGAUAGUGUUUGAUGAAUGUCAUAAAGCAAAAAACUUAUGUCCUGUUGGUUCUUCAAAGCCAACCAAGACAGGCUUAGCAGUUCUAGAGCUUCAGAACAAAUUGCCAAAGGCCAGAGUUGUUUAUGCUAGUGCCACUGGUGCUUCUGAACCACGAAACAUGGCCUAUAUGAACCGUCUUGGAAUAUGGGGUGAGGGAACUCCAUUUAGAGAAUUCAGUGAUUUUAUCCAAGCAGUAGAACGGAGAGGUGUUGGUGCCAUGGAAAUAGUUGCUAUGGAUAUGAAGCUUAGAGGAAUGUACAUUGCUCGACAGCUGAGCUUUACUGGAGUGACCUUCAAAAUUGAGGAAGUUCUUCUUUCUCAGAGCUAUGUGAAAAUGUAUAACAAAGCAGUCAAGCUGUGGGUCAUUGCCAGAGAGAGAUUUCAGCAGGCUGCAGAUCUGAUUGAUGCUGAGCAACGCAUGAAGAAAUCCAUGUGGGGUCAGUUCUGGUCUGCGCACCAGAGAUUUUUCAAAUACUUGUGCAUAGCAUCCAAAGUUAAAAGGGUUGUGCAACUAGCUCGAGAAGAAAUCAAGAAUGGAAAAUGUGUUGUAAUUGGUCUGCAAUCAACAGGCGAAGCUAGAACAUUAGAAGCCUUGGAAGAGGGUGGAGGAGAAUUAAAUGAUUUCGUUUCAACUGCCAAAGGAGUGUUGCAGUCACUUAUUGAAAAACACUUCCCAGCUCCAGACCGGAAGAAACUUUAUAGUUUGCUAGGAAUUGAUUUGACAGCUCCAAGUAACAAUAGUUCUCCAAGAGAUAGUCCUUGUAAAGAAAAUAAAGUAAAGAAGCGGAAAGGUGAAGAAAUAACUCGAGAAGCCAAGAAAGCGCGGAAAGUAGGUGGCCUUACUGGUAGUAGUUCCGAUGAUAGUGGAAGUGAAUCUGACGCAUCUGAUCAUGAAGAAAGUGACUAUGAGAGCUCGAAAAACAUGAGCUCCGGAGACGACGACGAUUUCAACCCAUUCAGAGAUGAGUCUAGUGAGGAUGAUGAAGAUGAUCCCUGGUUAAUCAGAAAAGAUCACAAGAAAAACAAAGAUAAAAAAAAAAAGAAAAGUAUAGAUCCAGAUUCUAUUCAAAGUGCCUUAUUAGCAUCAGGUCUUGGAUCAAAACGACCUAGUUUUUCAUCUACACCAGUAAUUUUGCCUGCUCCUAACAGUGCACCAGCUAACAGUAACACCAACAGUAACAGUAGCCUUAUAACAAGUCAGGACGCUGUGGAAAGGGCCCAGCAGAUGAAGAAAGACCUACUUGAUAAACUAGAGAAAUUAGCAGAAGACCUCCCUCCUAAUACCCUGGAUGAACUUAUUGAUGAACUUGGUGGACCUGAGAAUGUUGCUGAGAUGACUGGUCGCAAAGGGCGGGUCGUAAGCAAUGAUGACGGAAGCAUAUCUUACGAGUCGAGAUCUGAACUUGAUGUCCCUGUAGAAAUACUAAAUAUCACAGAAAAACAAAGAUUUAUGGAUGGAGACAAGAAUAUUGCUAUUAUCUCAGAAGCUGCCAGCUCGGGUAUUUCGUUACAAGCAGAUCGGAGAGCUAAAAAUCAAAGGCGAAGAGUUCAUAUGACUUUGGAAUUACCCUGGAGUGCUGAUAGAGCAAUUCAGCAAUUUGGACGAACUCAUAGAUCAAACCAAGUUACUGCUCCCGAGUAUGUGUUUCUGAUUUCUGAAUUGGCAGGGGAACAAAGAUUUGCUUCUAUUGUUGCCAAAAGACUUGAGAGCUUGGGAGCACUUACACAUGGUGACAGAAGAGCAACAGAAUCUAGAGAUCUGAGCAGAUUCAAUUUUGAUAAUAAGUAUGGAAGAAAUGCUUUAGAAAUUGUCAUGAAAUCCAUUGUCAACCUAGAUUCUCCUAUGGUAUCACCACCUCCAGACUACCCUGGAGAAUUCUUUAAAGAUGUUCGACAAGGACUAAUAGGAGUUGGCCUGAUAAAUGUAGAAGAUCGUUCGGGUAUUCUUACUCUAGAUAAAGAUUAUAACAACAUAGGAAAAUUCUUAAAUAGAAUUUUGGGCAUGGAAGUGCAUCAGCAGAAUGCGUUAUUUCAGUAUUUUGCAGACACACUUACAGCAGUUGUUCAAAAUGCCAAAAAAAAUGGAAGAUAUGAUAUGGGAAUUUUAGAUCUUGGUUCUGGAGAUGAAAAAGUGAGGAAAAGUGAUGUUAAGAAGUUUCUGACUCCGGGAUAUUCCACCUCUGGUCAUGUAGAGUUAUAUACUAUUAGUGUGGAGAGGGGAAUGUCUUGGGAGGAAGCUACCAAGAUUUGGGCUGAGCUGACAGGACCAGAUGAUGGCUUUUACUUGUCAUUGCAAAUAAGGAACAACAAGAAAACUGCCAUCUUAGUUAAAGAAGUGAACCCUAAAAAGAAGCUUUUCUUAGUUUAUAGACCAAAUACUGGGAAACAGCUCAAAUUAGAAAUUUAUGCUGACCUAAAAAAGAAAUAUAAGAAGGUAGUCUCAGAUGAUGCCCUGAUCCACUGGUUAGAUCAGUAUAAUUCAUCUGCAGAUACUUGUACUCAUGCCUAUUGGCGUGGCAACUGCAAAAAAGCCAGCUUGGGAUUAGUUUGUGAAAUAGGUCUUCGCUGCCGCACGUAUUAUGUAUUAUGUGGCUCCGUUCUGAGUGUCUGGACAAAAGUUGAGGGUGUUCUAGCGUCUGUCAGUGGCACAAAUGUGAAGAUGCAGAUAGUUCGGCUAAGAACAGAGGAUGGACAACGUAUUGUAGGUUUGAUCAUUCCUGCAAAUUGUGUGUCUCCACUUGUAAAUCUCCUGUCAACUUCAGACCAGUCUCAACAGCUUGCGGUCCAGCAGAAGCAGCUCUGGCAGCAGCGCCACCCUCAGAGCAUCGCCAACUUGAGCAACGCUUAAGAACAGACAGGUUUCGACAUGGAUGUAUCUGAAAUGCUGUUGAAGCAUAUCAUUUGCAUAAAAAUCAGGGACAGUUUCCAAAGAAUUAUAAUUUUUUUUUCAGUUGUGCUCUCUCUAGUUAAUUUUUUUGGGAGUAAGGACAAACCUGGAAUAGAUAGCAAAACUGAAAAUCAGCAGUGCCGAUGGGGGUACAUAUGUCUUUCCUUUGCUUUUCCCAUGGUACUUCCCAUAUGCUUUUACUUUGGGUGAGCAGAGGGAUAUGUGCGCGUGCGUGUGUGUCUGUUUGUUUGUGAGUUUGUUAAAGACUACAAACCACAAUUGGUUUAAAAAUGCUUGGAACUUCCCAAACUGGCUUUACUUUUAUGUUACACAGUGCUCAGGGUUAACGCAGUACAUCCAUGCAACUGCUGUGGGAGUUCUCCCCGGAUGCAUGUGUUUUGAGUCUAUAAAUAUAGAAAAUAUAUAUUGGUUUCUUUUUCCAACUUAUUAAACAAUAGGUUUAUUAAAGCAUGAAAUGAAAGGUUGCAUAUCAUGCAUUCAGGUUCUUUUCUAGUUUUUGUUCUGACAGUGCAUGUCUUUGAAAGCAUGCGUAAACAAGACUAAAACAAGUCAAGUAACGGAGAGAAACAUUUGUAGAUGUACAGCAUUGGUUAUUGCAUUUUUAUAGUGUUUAUACCUGGGUAUUGCUUCUUACCCUGCAAAUCUCAUCCCCAUCCCCAUUCUCCCUGCCCCAGGUUUCUGGUCAAGGUAAUGAGUACAUACAUUUUUUUGUGGUAAAACUCUUAAAAAGUUAAUUUUAAUGUAUUAAUAGUAUUCCUAAUGUGUGCUGCAAAAAUGGCUACAAGCCUGCUUUUCUUAAAAUUACAUUUUCCUUAACUUAAAGAUAGUUUUAGAAAGAAAUACAAAUUGGCUUCCUUCUUGCAAACAAUCUUUUUUUUUUACUUCAUUAUCUUAAUUUGUCACUCAUAAAAAAGGAAACCGUACUUGAGCUGUAAACUAGACAAUGAGGAGACACUUGAGGCUUCUGCUGUAUGUUUAUUUCUUGUUGUUAUUGUUGUUACCCAGUAACGUGAAUAUUGUUUAAUGUGUUGUAAGACAUUGUAGAGUUUAUCUCAAGCUGUUAAAAAUGGUGAUGUACAAAUGUGAAUAGAUACUUAUCUACAAUAUGGGUGAGUUUUUUUUCGCCUAUAAUAGAUGUUUAUAAAAACAAGUGAGGGGACAAUUGGUUUUUUUGUUUCCUUUUGUUUUCCUCUCCCCCCCCCCCUUAUUUUUUGCUUGCACAGGUUGCACUAUUGAAAAAUUGAGAUUGUAUAAACCUGGUCAAAAGCUACAAGAUACCACAAUCUUGUAGGUGUCAAAUAAAAAGUUAUGAUACUAACCGGAAGUGGACUCGUGUUUAGGCCCUCACCACUUUCAGAAGCAGUCCAUGAUGGGGACUCCGCAGAACUCGAGUGUUGCUCAGCGCUCAGAGAGGCUUCUGUUUGGACUUCUGUCGGGCUCACCCUCGAAAUGGAGGUGGUGUCGAGGAAGGGGUGACAUGAUCGUUCUUUUGAAUGUUGCUCAAACUGAAUUGUUCUCUUUUGUUACUUUUUAAACUUCUAGCCGAAUCAGGUGGGGUGUAUGUUCAGUGAAGGCAAGCCAGGGCUUUCCUCUUCCUGUGUUCCUUUAAACCCCAGUUCGCUUAUGUCAAGUUUACUGUAAGCUUCCUUUGGAUUUAUUUAUUCUUAAUACCUAGAAGAACACAUUGACAGUAAUUUCUGUUCUUUGGCAUGUUUUGCCAAGUGGAUGCAACUUUCCUCCUCAGUCUAGGCUCUCUAUCUCAGGCAGUGAUCCAUCUAAAGAUCGACCAGUGUUCCUUGUUAGGGCAGAUCGUCCCACCUGCAGCAAAGCUUCUCAGUUAGUUCCUCUCCGUGGAAACCGGGGGUCUGCCCAGCGUCCAUCAACACGCUGAAGUGAAAGGGAGUUGGGGACGGGAACCCUAACAGACCUGCUCCCCUUAGUGAGACAGAAUGGCAGGGUUAGAGAAGACAGAUUUCUCAUAGGCUCUUGGCCCAGCUUCCCUCUUGUGUGUGUGGGGUUAUCUUUCUUGCAGGGUGUGCUUAUUUCCAAACAUCCGUACGUGGAUUCUGUAGCAUGCGGUUAGUUGACCCCCACAAUUCCUGAUGCAACGUUUGCCCUUUGAACAGCUAUCUUGAUGCAAAGGGCAUAGGUAUGUUCUGUUCUUUGAGGAACAGCUUUGUUUUGCUCUUAGAAAUAAGGUCCAGAAGUAAGGCCUCUGAAAAGUCUCCAAGGAGACCUCAAAAAGGCGACCAGUGUAAAUGGAGGGGGACCCGAGGUGCCACAUGCCCCUGUCCAUCAUACCCAUCAUGGCGUGGGGUGUGUUAAGCACCAAGAGUCUGCUGCUCGUCCCCUUCUUUGGAGGUUGAACACAGGACCUUUACACUGUGCCCUUACCUAAGUCAGCAAGUUCAGGUUGGUCAGCAUGGGGCUACCCAGCAUUCAAGGCCCUCCUCUGUCAAAAAACCAAGUCUUAACAACAGUGAGCUUCUGUAAAACAGGCCCAUGUAUUUCAGGAUCUGAAUGCCACAUCUGACCCCAGGGCCUUGUUGAACCCGACGCUUUUGGCCCCUGCAAUGCCUUUCCUCCCUUUUUAGCAAUACGGCUCUGAGCACCAAGAUUUGAUUAUAAAUCAUGUUCGUGUUUUCAGAGUUUACAGUGUCGAUUGUGCUGAAAACCACUUCCUGAGUCCAGAGCUGCUCAGCUGGUAUCUCAGGGGGAGUUGGUGUUCCCCAAGUUUAGCGAUCUCCACCCCGCAAGGCCUCCGGCUGUGGUUUAGCGGGAUUAUCCAGGUCAGCAUUGAUGAUGUGAAGUCCUCCAAGUAUUAACGAAGUAUUUCUUGAAACGCAGCUUGAUCAGAAAGUGAAUAUCUGAAGCGUUUUCCCCUUUUUGCUGCUGUGUUGCAUAGACUCUCAGCAUCUUUUCUUUCCGUCCGUGUAGAAGGUAGCCAGAACUUACCCCCAGAGCAGCAUGCGCGUGUGUGCCCGUGUCCAUGUAUUUAUUCCCGUCCAGUCAGUUCGCACUUCAGAAAACAGUUUGAGCUGCAGCAGGAGCCCGUUUCACUUUAGUGUGCUUCAUCUGUAGAGGUCAAGUUCUAGAUUACCAAGCUCCAGGGGACUGUAACAUCUUAGAGGCCCAGUCCCAUGUCCACAGCCCUUGGGGCAUUCAUUUGCUGGCCUCCGUGUGAUGCUAUUAGAACUCUUAACAGGCAGGACCAGAAAGGGCACCAGGACAGCAUUUACAUUUGAAUAGUGGGAACCUUUUCCCGCACCCCCUCUCCUUCCCAGUUUAGUAAGAAGGCAGAAAGCAGUAGUAGAUUACAAAUGAUUGGUGCAUCUCAGUUUAUGAAAGUAGGAGCAGAGGAAAAGUACUUUCCCCUUUGGUCCUUUUCUUGAUAAGAUACGGAGAGGAAUGUCUGGGUCUAUAAUCUCUUACUUUAAAAACAUACCUGAGGAAUACUUGGUAGUUUCUGAGAUCGGUGCUAAUAAGAGUUGCUGUCAGGCUGGGAUCCGGUUAGCCAGACUUCGGGUUAGUUCAGGCAUCCCAGUGGCGAAGAAAACCACUGUGACGAUGGGCAUUUAGCGACUACCCCUCCUGGGUCUGGGGUCUCCCUGCAUAAUCGCAUACCCGCGCACGGGGCCGGGCACGCUGUGCCGCGGGAGUUUGGAGGCAGUCCACCUCGUGGCUCUAGCCGCGAGCAGAAACCGUUUGUGGAGACUCCUCAUGGGCUGCCAAUUCUCGAAUACAAAUGCAGUGUCUUUUAAGGGCGCGUAAGUGAAGGAAACGCACAUAGAUACCCGCAACUCAAGCUCGCUAGUAGUUUUUUCUGAGUACUUGAGGUAAAAUUCAAAACCCACUUUCUGAUUUUAUGCUGUACUUAUAUAUGUACAUAAAUGUGUAUAUAUAGAAAUGUUGAGUUCUUUUGAAUUUUGAAUGUAAAUAUUUCUUGUAAAUUGGGACCCCAUCCACUUGUUUUUCCCUUUCCUUCCUCCCUUCCAUCCUAUUUAUUCUUUUCUUGA